AUUUUAAUGAGUGAAUGUGAAAAUUCAUGCGCAUCAGAAAAGCUUCACAAGUGAUUGGGUUUGAAGCAACAAGUGCCUUCAAAAUGGGCAGAACGAUUCUCAUCAUACAGCUGCUACUAUGCUUGGCGCGUGGAAUUCAAUCCUUACCGGAUGUGAACGAACUCACAGAGCAGCAACACUUCGAGGGUUACACCUACACCAAGCCAUCGAUCCCGUUCAGUGAUGGGUACACCUACACGAAACCAUCUUGUCCGUUGGAAGUUCCGAAAACCGAAACCCUAACGCUUACUUCAACCAGCUCGACAACUGUGAUAACAACAGCACCUCCUAUUACUAGUUAUUUAACAAUUACUACAACAGCUAUCGAACCAACAACGAUUAUUUCUACAAGCACAAGCACAAGUUACAUAACGCCAACUCCCGUAACGCAAUUCGUAACAACUACUCAGACCGCCUUCAGCACUUUAGUUUCAACAAACGUAUUAACAUCAACAGUUCUGUCUACGGUUGUCAUUCCUACGACCUACACUUCGACGCUUGUUCAAACUCCACCGCCAGUCACUCAAUACUCGACAUCCGUCAAAACGGAAACCUUAACGAGCACUUCAGUAACCGUAUCGAUGCUUUUCAUAACUGAAACAUCGAUUAAACCCACCACGGUUACUUCAUUCGUCACGACCACUUAUUGUCAACCGAAUACCUAUCUGCCUCCACCACCAUCGAAUCAAUACCUUCCGGUUCCACCUGUAACGAAUCCUCCAACAACGAGGCCUCCAAUCACGUGGCCACCAACUUUCAAACCUUCCACCAAUCCACCCACAAAGACAACAACCCGGCAACCAGUUUAUCUGCCACCCACAAGUACCUACAAUCCACCAAAUCCCAGAACCGAGGACACCACCCCCAACAGUUUCCUCCAGAGUUUCGGAUUCGCACAGGCUGGUCCGAUCAAACGGAUGACCUCGGAUAUCCUGUCCAACAAUUUGGUCGAUCCUCGAGGGUUCUCACACCAAAACCACGAUCCUGUCGACUCGAUAAGUUCCGAAGAGCAGGAAGAGGAAGCACCACGACCCAGCCUCGCUUUACCUCCAAUAACCGUGCCAAGUAACGUAACGCUUCCACCUCCCCCACCCGCAGCUAUCAACGUCAUCUAUCUGGAUCGGAACGGUCAGGCCAGGAAUGCUGGAGUGCUUCGGGUGCCACCCCGGGACAUCAUGAACUGGCUGCUCUGUCGAUUUAAUUUAGCAAACUUUUCGUGUGAAAACGAUGAAUAG